CUUUUAGUAAAAUGACUAAAAUGUCAGAUUUUCUAACGUUUGAAGAAAAACGUCGUCAAAUUCGAAUACAAAUUUUAAUAGAGUUAGUGGUCCACUAUUAACUAGGGUUGCCACCUUUUUUAAAAGUGAAUAAAGGACUAUGAUGCUAAUAGGGGAUCCGGUAUACAAAAGCAUGAAAAUAAUACUGCUUUUAUCAAUUCUCCAAUAUCUUCAUCUCGCAUAUGGAUCGGUCAAUAGAUGUGGCUCACCGACAUUACAAAGAUGCUUCUGCGGUCAUCAGUUCUUCGAUGACAAAUCGAUGUUUGUGGUAAAUUGCACAGGACUCGGAUUUAAAAAUGCGGAUAUGCUCAACGAACUUACAGAAGACACCGAAAUGUUAGUCUUUACAGGAAACCACAUCGGGACUCUUCCUAGUAACGUUUUUGGGGAAGGCAGAAAUAUGACGAAAUUAAGGAUCAUAGAUAUGAGCAACAACGGCAUCCACGAUGUAAAAGGAAAAGCAUUCCAUCACGUCGUAGGCGUAACACGAUUGAUUCUCAAUCACAACAACAUUUCAAUAUCAUCUGAAGAAGAAAGAAACUUUCAUCAUCCAAGAGUGUUUUCAAAUUUUUUUAAUCUAGAAGAGCUCCAUCUAACGAACGCUUUUGCUGACAACACUGAUGCCACUUUGGCUGACGAUCUUCACGAUAUUUUUGUUAACAGCAACUUGACGAAGUUGUAUAAACUCCAUUUGGAGCAGAACGAAAUCAAGAACUUUAAAGAUGAUAGAGUGUUUUGUGAUUUGCCAAAUUUACACGAUAUUUAUUUGGGUAACAACAACAUUCCUAGUUUGAACUUUAAUAUUACUUGUUUACCGAAACUGAGAUACCUAGAUUUGGAAAGGAACAAUAUAACGAAAUUCUCGCAACAAGAUUUAGAUCGUUUUGAUCGACUUGCAUAUCCAUAUCGAUCUAUUAAUAAUAAUCUUACUUUAGACAUAGAUGGGAACCCUUUCAGAUGCGAUACAGCUAUCAAGAACCUGUACAACUGGUUGCAUAAAACCAACGUUAUAAUUAGAGAUAAGGACACUCUCCAAUGCCACCAAACCAAGUAUGGUACAAAAUACAUCAUGAAUUUGAAGAACUUAGCAGAAUCCAAACAUGCGAAAAUAUCACAAGCGCUAACAAUACUUUUAGUAAUCCUGGUGCUUAUUUUAUUGACGCUUUUAGGAGCUUAUGCUUACCUGAAGAAGGGCAGCAUGAGGGGAAGGUUUAGUCCUCUUUUGGAAGCUGUUAGUAGGAAGGUGCACUAUAAUAAAAUCGAAUCUCAGGAUGUAUAGGUUUAUAUUUAUAUUAUUUUUUUAUGAAUUGGAUAAAGCGAUGUGAUAAACCAGAGCGUGGAUAUAGUUCUGAAUAAUAACAAUUUUUUUCCCGGAGAUAAUAGAACGGGAUUUUUUUCUGGAUAUUUUAAGUGCAGCUACUACUCUCUAAAACAGAAAUAAGAAAUAUAAUAUUUGUCUAUAUUUCGCUUAACACUAAUUUAUCUUUUGAACAGAUGACAAUGGUUCCAAAGAUGCUUCAGUCCUUUUCUCAAAUUAAAAGUACUCACACAAGCUGUACCGUAAGGGCCUUUGUUGGGUAUAAUCUAGGAAAUAAAUAAAACAUUUACAAAAAAUUUUUUUGCGGCUUUGUAUCUAUUUAUUUUCUUCAUUUUAAUGAUAAAAAAAUAAUGAUAAACUAAAUAGAUAAUCUUAUGGGUCUUUCGUACUUCUGUAUCUGUAACGCGUGGAGGAUGGGUUGUCCGACGGCACUUAGGCCUCACUAGGCCCAUUGUGCAUCUUAAAUUGUUAGUCCUCCCUUCGUUUGGCAGCCAACCUACAUAUUUGAUGUAGUUGAGUUGCCAAAAAGUGCUUCUCUUAUAUCAGCCACUAUUUUAAAUAGAUUCUUUUUUUUCUCUCUUUUUAAUUGUUUUGCUGUCACUCUCGCCUCUUGAAUCUAUGUAUUAUUUACAUAAUUUUAAUUUAGAACAUAGCUUGCCAUAACAGUACGGUUUUUUAUUAGAUGUUUAUCUUAUGCUCUAUGUAUUUUUUUGCACGUGUGCUAAAUGCCGAAUAAAUAUUUUAAUAUGAACGACAAGACGUGAUAUUGAAAAUAAUAAUGUAGUUUUAAGUUAACAAUAUUGUGUCUAUUGUAAAAAUGAUUUUAUUGCUUACAACAUAACCUCGCCAACAUGUAGAGCAGGGACAGAAGUUGGAAAGUUUUUGGUAGGUGGAUGGGUGGUAAACGUGAAACCUCGCAAACGACUUCGAGAAUUUUGCGGAUUUCGCGGUAAUAUUUUGUAAUAUAUGUAUUUUUCUGUGAAGUAAACAGUGAAUUGAAAUAAAAUUACUACUAAAUUUUUAAGAAACAAAUAAAAAGUAUUUAGAGAGAGGAUUAAUUGGUAAACCAAAAUAAAAAUCCAAUAAAAAUUCAUUAAAAAAUCAAUUUUUCUAUAAAGAUAAUAGAAUAUUGAAAUAAAAAUAGUGUCAAAUUGUUAAAAAACUAUACAAUACAACCUAAAAAAAAUAACAAAAUCAUUUAGGAAGGGGAUGAGGGGGUUAAAUAAAAUAAAAUUCAAUUAAAAAUUUAUUUAAAAAUAAAUUUUUUUAGGUUGUAUUUUAUACAACUCUAAAAUACAACCUAAAAAAUUAACAAAAUCACUUAGGAAGGGGAUGAGGGGGUCAAAUUAAAUAAAAUUACAUUUUCCAUUUUUAACAAUUUGGCACUAACUUUAUUUCAAUAUUGGAUUGUAUUCUUAGGCAAAUUAAUUUUUAAAUAGAUUUUUAAUGAAAUUUUAUUUAAUUUGACCCCCUCAUCCCCUUCCUAAGUGAUUUUGUUAUUUUUUUUUUGUAGGUUGUAUUUUAUAGUUUUUAACAAUUUGACACUAUUUUUAUUUCAAUAUUCUAUUAUCUUUAUAGAAAAAUUGAUUUUUUAAUGAAGUUUUAUUGGAUUUUUAUUUCAGUUUACCCCUUAAUCCUCUCUCUAAACACUUUUUAUUUGUUUUUUAAAAAUUUAGUAGUAAUUUUAUUUUAAUACACUGUUUACUUCACAGAAAAAUACAUUUCGACGCCACUGGUAAUUCGGGUGUUUCCGGUAAACAAGCUGCUGGAAAGUGGCUGCUAACUUGACACCGGUAUAUUUGAUCGCCAGUGUCGUAUUCGUAGAAUAAAAAUAAUAUCAAAUAUUUUAAAUUAUUACCGGUGGAGUCGGGCAGUCGUAUCUAUUUAUGUGCUAAAAAUAAUUAAUUAAACAGGUAAUAAUAUCCCAAAUCAUAAUUUUACAAAAUUUCAACAGCAAUUUAUAAAACUAUUUAGAAGAAAUUCUUAAUAUAAUAUAUACAAUAAUUUCCUACGCCAAUGUUUCGCGUUCUCUUCGGUUAACUCCGCGGCAAAACUGCCAAAUCCUGUGAUGAACUGCGAAAUGCCUUUCCAACUUCUGUUCCUGCUUUUUUUUUUAAAGAUCAAGACAUUUUUAUGUCUCUAUGUAUCAGAAGGGUAGCUCCGGACGUUCGGACAACUUAACAAUAACAUACAGCUCGGGCACUUAACUGGGAAGUGGACAACUAUAAGCAUUCCUAGCCUCUUCAGCCGCACUGUUCGGAUCAGGGAUUAGGUCUGAGGGGGUGGGGUUGAAGAAAUGGUGGUAGGUAUCUGCGAGGAUGUUAAUGACCCAGAAUUUGCCUAUUGCUAUGAGAAAACCCCUAAAAAACUCAUAGCAGGCCAGACGAUAGUGGGGCUCAAACCUACGACUUUACAAAUGCGAGGCAGAUGCGAGAUACCACAGUGCCACUUCGCUAGGUUUUUGAUGUUGUAAAAUUCGCUAGACUUUUUAUAGUCUAAAAGCUAGUGACCGCAAGGUGGUACGAUCUCACCUCUUGCUAGAUUUUUGUGAGGAGGUAGGCGGAACCAUCAGUAAGUGUCAUCUGCAAGCAUGUAGUUUAAAACACCUACAAACGAGACGUCGAACAACUCGAAAGUUAUAUUUUUUUUUGUUGACAUUUGCAAUACACAUAUUUUAUUAGAAAACUUUCUUGACAUGACUCUUUAGCUCAGUUUGUGUUACCUUCUUUUUAAUUUCUACGAUGUCUUAAGAGGUGAUUUAGCUCAAAUUGCUGAUACUGCGUGGAUUCAUAAAUUGACCAGGACAAUUGAAAUCAGAGUAGCUUGACCGGUUCGCAAGCCAAAGUCUACUUUACGUUACGAUAAAAUGAAAGAUAUUAUAAUACAAUAACGACAAAAAUGUUGAGCGCCACCAAGUUUUUGAGUAACUUGGAAAACUUAUCAUAUUUGAUAUGUCCUGUUUAAUUGAGUCAGUCUCUGGUACUUACAGUUGUCUGUAUGAAUUCUGACAAAUAAAAGAAAGUGAGAAAAUUUAAUACAUUUAAUAAAAAAAGUAAAAAGAAUAAAUUUGUUUAUAAUAAAUUAAUAGUUAAUGAUUAAACGUGAAUAAAUGAAUAAAUAAAUGAAUAAAAUUGACUGAUAAAUGUUUAUUAAUUGUCCUGACCAUGUGGCAUUCUAGUACGGUACUUCCCUUUCGUAUGUCGUGGACAAUCCGCCUUCAAGUGCUUAGAUACUUGGAUCUCGAAACUUGGAGAAACUACGUAACUCGAACUUGGAGCUUAAAGCUUGGACUUUAAAGCUUGGAGUUUCUUGGCGCUGAAAGCUUCUAGGAGCAACUACGUAGCUCAGGACUUCUUGGAGCUUAGAGCUUCUAGGAGCAACUACGUAACUCGGGACUUCUUGAUUUCUUAGAGCUUAGAGCUACCUGGAACUUCUUGGAGCCACUACAGGUUUAGAAAUAAAAAGAACCUCAGUAACAGUAAAAAUACAUCUACGUGCCAGUUUGGAAAUCUAACGGACUUAUGCAUAAACGGAACAAAUAAUAUUAAAGUUACAACGUCUAAACAGAAUAUAAAAUAUCACGACAAAUAUUAAAGUUACAUCAUCUGAACCUAAUAUAAAGUAUUUAUAAGGCCAAAAUAAGUUAUAACAAUAAGUUUUACAUCAUCUAAACAAAAUAUAAGCUAUUUAUAAAUAAGUCAAGAGCCAUAGAUUUCCGUUUAAACUGUAUUUCCAGACUGACUUGUAAUUCAAUUAUUUAGUUGCCUCCUCGCGUAUAUAUCAAAGUAUCAAAGAAAGCCUAAAAAUAUUAUUAGUUAGGGUAGGUAGAAUCUAUAUAAAAUAAAAUAAAACAUAAAUAACCGGCAUGAUGGUAAAAAAAAGCAAAUGGCCGAUCCUUUCGGUUUUCCAACGAAAUCCAGCAAAAUGAUAAAAUAUAAGGUGAAAGAAACAUUACUUGACAAUUAUCCCAACGUUAACACACAAUAAACACAUACAAGACAAGAUAAUUAUGGAAAACUAUUUAUAGCAGCUAAUUUAUCGGCACAUAUUACCACGUUGAACUCGAUACACCAAAAGAAAGGUUGAAUCCAGACGAGUCGGUUUUACCUUGGCAUGGUUGUUCAAAGAAACGCUAUGGACCGUGCGCAAACCGUACUUUCCAAAUUUCGAGAAGGAAGCCAGCGGUAGUCGUUUAAGUUGUGUUACGAGGGGUUAUGGAUAAUUUGUUGUUAAAAAUAAAUUUGAAAUUAAUUUAAAAUUAAUUUCACGUAACAGAGUUAAGCAUUGAACCUGCAGUCAAAUUUGCAUUUCGCGACGCGGUAUUGUUAUUUAUUUAUUAAAAUACAUUUCAUUUAUCAUAAUAAUAAUAUAAUUAUUAUCAUGCUGAAUAAAAUGUAUUUAAAAUAAAUAAACAACAAUAAUUAUUAUUAUUAUUAUCAUCAUAAAUAAAAUGAAUUGAAUCGUGUCGCAAAAUGAAAAUUUAUUUGCAUGUUCAAUGCUUAACAAACUGAGCUAACGAGUCAUGUAAAGUGAGUUAUCUCAUCAAAUAUGUAUACUUUUGUUUUUAAUAACUUUGAGUUGUCUAACGUUUCAUUUUCAAGAGUUUUAAACUAAAUCCUUUUAAAAUAAUAUGACAAACUGAUUGUGGCUCAACUGUUUUCCUUGCACCAUCUAUUAAAUAGUAGAUGAAGCUCAUUUGGGUCAGCCUAAUUUUAAAAUUUAGGAAAAUAUACACAUAUUGCAUAGUAUACCACAAAUAGUUAAAUUUUUCAGUUGGGCCACUCUGGUGCUGAGCGACUCAUAUAGUUUUUAAAUUCACAAAUAUGUCCUGAUUUUCUUUUAGUGACGGUGAAUAAAUAUCUGAUGUAUCCAAUACAUGUAAAGUUAUCAAAUAUAUUGAGUACGGCUCAUCUAUUUAAAGAAGUUUAGAGUGCCGGAGCUGUAUGUUUUUUAGACUUUACUCGCUAUUUAAAAAAGGAGGAACACCCAUAGGUAGAGAAGGGGUGCACCUCUAACGACAAAUUCUCAGCCAUAUUCCUCUCCUCUCUUAUUGUUAUGGGUAUUAAGUCAUGAUAUUAUAUAUAAAAAGAAGGUAUGAUAUUACGCAGAUUGAUAAUACUAAAUCACGGUGACAUAUUGUGGUGUGAAGGCGUGGCUUUUACGAAUUUGAGGUAUCAGCUGAUCAAAAACAGUGCUCGAAAAUAAAUUUCAAUCUGCUGAUGGCUAAUCAGAUAGUCAUAUUACACACCACAAUUCGGCAUGCGCGAACUUGACGAGAUUUCGUCGGCUAAGUAUCAUACCUUUUUAAUUUUUUGUAUCAUGGUGGGAGAACAGCAAAGGUACCGUAGCGAGCCAAGUUUAAGCUGUGUCUGGGCAAUCAUUGAAUAUUUAUCAAACAUAUGACAUUUUGAGCGCUUGUGUCCGAACUUCUCAAAUAGUAGGUAUUUAUAUAAUAAUGACCCACAAAAAAAUGUUUCUAAAGUAGGCCUUGGAAAAAUUAACAUUGUAUGGAAAGCAUAAAUCUUCUUUUAUGUGUAGGUUUGGAUUUAAUUUAAAUUUGCACGUAGUUAUCACGGACAUGACUCUUUUUCGGCCUACUUUAGAAUUUUUUUCUGGAGCACUAUAUUAUUUGUAAAAUUAUUCCAUAAUUUUAUCUAUGGGAUAAAUAUUUUUUUUUUGAGUAGGAUGCUCAUUGCUUUCGUUAUUUUUUUUUUACUAGAUCUCACAUUUUAUUAAAACAAUGCAUAAAAACAUGUGCUAAAAAAAAAUAAUCAUGCCAAAUAAUUUUAUAUUUAUAUAUUUUAAGUUAUUACUUAAAUAAAUGUGUAAAUCGGUAACUGAUUUUAACAAAAAAGAAAAAAAAAACGUGAUGAAUUAUUAAAUCUAAAAUAUGGUGCUUUAAUAUUUUAGGUAGUUAUUUUUAAAUAUUUUUUAUUUUGUAAAUAUAUUUU